GUGGCGGAAGCGGCGCGUCAUUCGCCGCCAUGAGCCGUUUCGGAGGUCGCGUGCGCGAGUACCCGUCUGUGUCCAUCGACCGGUUCGACCGCGACAACCUGCGCGCGCGCGCCUACUUCCUGUCGCACUGCCACAAGGAUCACAUGAAGGGGCUGCGGGCGCCCGCCCUGAAGAGGAGGCUGGAGGGCAGCUUGAAUGUUAAAUUAUACUGCUCACCGGUAACUAAGGAACUGCUGCUGACCAGCCGGAAAUACAAGUUUUGGGAGAAUCACAUUAUACAGGUUUUGAAACUGAACAUGUUUCUUUUCACAACUGUAUGUACACACAUCAUCACAUAGUGUGUAAGGAUUUUGCUUUCUCACCCAAACAAGGACAGGAGAGUUUUCUAGUCAAGUGGAAGGUCAAGAAGGAGUUCAGUAUCCCUUGAGUUUAGAAGUUUUACAAGAACAGAUGCCUUGUGGGGAGAUACCUAUAAGCUGUUAGGAGUUCGUAUGAGCAGUAAAAAGACAGCAGGCAGUGCUGGACCUGAUAUCCCUGUUUGAGAAAUUACUAAUCUGGGAAGAGAUGCCAGAGGUACCGGUGGUACAGUCUAUGAUGAAGCACAAUUAACACAAAUCAACACAAUUAAAAAAAUACAUGGAUCUUUGCAGCUGCUGCUCCCAGGUUGCAUUGGAAGUUGAAACUCCAACUCAGAUUUCUUUAGUAGAUGAAACAUCUGGUGAGAAAGAAGACAUAGAGGUGACACUUCUCCCAGCUGGUCACUGUCCAGGAUCAGUCAUGUUUUUGUUUGAAGGUGACAAAGGCACGGUGCUGUACACUGGGGAUUUCAGGCUUGCAAAAGGAGAAGCAGCCAGAAUGGAGCUUUUGCAUUCAGGGACCGGGGUAAAAGACAUCCAGAGCGUUUAUUUGGACACCACUUUUUGUGACCCCAAAUUUUAUCAUAUACCAAGCAGGGAGGAAUGUUUAAAUGGGAUCUUAGAAUUAGUGCGAAGCUGGACCUCGCUGACUCCCUAUCAUGUUGUGUGGCUGAAUUGCAAAGCUGCUUACGGAUAUGAAUAUUUGUUUAUAAACCUCAGUGAGGAACUUGGAAUCAAGGUGCACGUGAACAAACUAGAUAUGUUCAGAAACAUGCCAGAUAUCCUCUACCACAUUACUACAGAUCGACACACUCAGAUUCACGCCUGUCGACAUCCUCGGGACGAGGAGUACGUGAGAGGGAACAGGCUGCCCUGUGGGAUGACUUGCCAAAAUGGAACUCCCUUGCACAUAAUCAGCAUCAAACCCUCCACAAUGUGGUUCGGAGAAAGGAUGAAGAAAACCAACGUAAUAGUGAGGACUGGGGAGACUACAUACAGAGCUUGUUUCUCUUUCCACUCUUCAUACAGUGAGAUCAAGGAUUUCCUGAGCUACAUCUGUCCCGUGAAUGUGUAUCCCAAUGUACUGCCAGUGGGUGGGACAGAGGACAAAGCUAUGGAAAUAUUGAAGCCAUUAUGCAGGUCGUACAGGAGAAACAUGGAACCCAGGUACAAGCCCUUAGGAACACUGAAGAGAGUCCACAAGAGAGAGUUAUCUGACACAGAUGAAGAUGAUCUCUUCGAUUCAGAAUUAACUUCUGCAAGGCCUAAGAUUCCAAAACUGCAGAGAGAAGAGAGCAGGCCCCCCAACAUGGGACAGUCUGAAAAUGCUGAAGAAAACAUUAAUGAGACCACAGAAAGUUACAAAGCGACCGCAACUAACACCUCCCUCAAGGUAGACUUCAUGGACUGUGAGGAAUCAAAUGAUGACGAUGAUAAUGACGAUGAAGAAGAAUCUGAAAUUAAUACAGUUGAAGAUCUUUCCCAUGAGCCAGAUGCCACUUGCACAUCAAAUUUCAACAGAAUGAGUGACCAACAGGAUGGCGACAUCCCUCGCUGGGAUGCAUUUUUUAAGUGUAACAAACUCGAAGAAAGCUCUGAAAACGAGGACAACUUGCCAUCUUCAGCAGAUGCUGGUGGGUCCCAGCCACUCUUCAGCGAUUCGGAUGCAGUGAGUGACUCAACACACAUCUCCUCCCAAAAUUCUUCUCAGUCAACACACAUAUCAGAGCAGGGGAGCCAGGGCUGGGACAGCCAAAUGGACACGGUGCUCAUCACCUCCCAAGAGAGAAGCGCCUUGGACUGGAGCUGCUUGGGCAGAGGUGGGAGCAGAGCAGUUGCUUCUGUCCCGCAGGAGGCUGCCAAAGACACUCAACCUGACAACAGCAGGUGGAAGCCGCUGAGCCAAGACAGAUCUUGUGCCUACGAUGGUGACUUGAAAAGCAAAGACACCGAGGAUGUAGAAGCUGGGGCUGCUCACGUUCAAGAUGUGCUGGUGGAAAUAGGUGACGACCCCAGGACUCCUGAUCUAGAACUGAGGAGGGACUCUCAGAGCUCCUCUGACUUUGAAAUUCCCUCAACUCCUGAUGCUGAAGUGCCUCAGCCAGAUAAACUGCACAGUUUAUAUAAGAAGCUGGCAGCAGGUGAAAGCAUUCUCAAGGAGAAAAAAGUCUCCUGAACAUAAGUAUAGCAGAUUACAUCACGAUGACAAAUACUUGAAUUUGUUUAUUAAGCCCAGGAUUAUUUUUAGUGCCAAUUACUAUCUGCAGCUAUUCCUGCAUUUUUUUCAGAAAUAUGGUAUUGUCAGAACGAGGAAUUUGCAGCCUGUGUAACUUCACUCUUCCUUCUAUGAAAUACUGAGAAGGAAUUACUCCUAGGAGGAACUGUAAAAGCCUUCUGCCUCCCAGGGUUCAGUGCUCCAGGACUCUAAGUAGACAAAAAUUGGACCACAACAAAACUAAGGGUAAAAUGCUAAAUGAAAUUUAGUGUUUAUCAUGAGCUCAAAGAGUUUGUCUUUGAGAUACAUAUAUGUAUCUAUAUAUGAUCUCAGGUUUUAAUAAAAUAUCACAUUUUUAACUGCAGGGAGGGACAUGACAUCUUUCAUUUCAGCCAUGCAAGCAAUGCAGUAGUUGCACUUUGACAUUAAUCCUGAGUUUUCACUGCAGUUAUUUUUAAAUACAACUGCAGAAGAUAGUAGAGAAUCAUGGAGAAGUUUUUAUAAAAACAACCAAAACCCCUUGUUCUUUUCAAGCAGUCUCUCUUUACACUGAGCAAGCGUCAUCAUCCGAUUUUAACUCCUGAAUGAGGUACUAUACACCCUUGUCUUGUGGUUUGUAUCUAACUCAUUGCAAACAAUUUGUCAUCAAUUCCUCUGUGUUUUGGUUUGUUCUGAAUUGUUUUUCAGAACAACUUAAAAUCCUGUGGUGUGUGUGUUCUAAAGCCCCCAGCUUUACUCAACUUCUUAGCUUCUUAAAUGGAAAUGUAAUUCAGGUUUUUGUUAAACUGCAGUGCCUACAAAAGUGCCUAAACAGCAGAAGUCAUCUAAAAAUCUAUGAGGUUUCCCAUCCAGGUGGUCUGAAGUCCCCAAAAAUGAAUCAGACUUUUAGUGUGACAGCUCUCCCCCCUGCCUCUGUCUUUCUGCCAUCUUUAGUGACAUAUGAAUACGAAACCAGGCACCAUUCUCCUAGUGGCAACAGCAGUGGGAGAGGGAAAGAAGAAAAUCUGCUAUAAUCUACGUAUGGUUUUAAGGAUAUCCAAGUCUGUAUGAUUCUCCACUGUUACCGUGCCCUCUCCGUUCCUGGGGUUUGUCAAUAUAAUUUCCAACUGUGACCUAUCAAUAAGUUUUUUUUCAGUGAGCUUGAGUGAGUGAGACUGCUGUUGUAACUACCUCUGGGAAUAAAAAACAGAGCAGAAA